CCUUUCGGGUCCCUCCACCGCACUGCGCUGGGACCCUAGGCCGCCAGCGCUGUCGCCGCGAAGAAGUGUCCCGCGGCGCCCCCCUCCCGCCGCGCCGCCCGUCGGGCAUGGACUCAGGCCGGGACUUCCUGACCCUGCAUGGCCUACAGGAUGACAAGGACCUACAGGCACUGCUGAAGGGUGGCCAGCUUUUGAAGGUGAAAUCUAACUCAUGGCGGAGAGAACGCUUCUACAAGUUGCAGGAGGACUGCAAGACCAUCUGGCAGGAGUCCCGCAAGGUCAUGCGAACACCUGAGUCGCAGCUGUUCUCCAUCGAGGACAUUCAGGAGGUGCGGAUGGGGCACCGUACCGAGGGCCUGGAGAAGUUUGCCCGGGACGUGCCUGAAGACCGCUGCUUCUCCAUCGUCUUCAAGGACCAGCGCAACACCCUAGACCUCAUCGCCCCAUCACCGGCUGACGCCCAGCACUGGGUGCUGGGCCUGCGCAAGAUCAUCCACCACUCAGGCUCCAUGGAUCAGCGGCAGAAGCUGCAGCACUGGAUUCACUCCUGCUUGCGAAAAGCUGACAAAAACAAGGACAACAAGAUGAGCUUCAAGGAGGUGCAGAACUUCCUGAAGGAGCUCAACAUCCAGGUGGAUGACAGCUAUGCCCGGAAGAUCUUCAGGGAAUGUGACCACUCUCAGACGGACUCUCUGGAAGAUGAGGAGAUUGAGACCUUCUACAAGAUGCUGACCCAGAGGAAGGAGAUUGACCGCAUCUUUGAGGAGGCUGCUGGCUCUGAGGAGGCCCUAUCAGUGGAUCAGUUAGUGGCGUUCCUGCAGCACCAGCAGCAGGAGGAGGCAGCGGGGCCUGCCCUGGCACUCUCUCUCAUUGAGCGCUAUGAGCCCAGCGAGACAGCCAAGGCGCAGAGGCAGAUGACCAAGGACGGCUUCCUUAUGUACCUGCUCUCCGCCGAUGGCAGCGCCUUCAACUUGGCGCACCGGCGGGUCUACCAGGACAUGGGCCAGCCGCUCAGCCACUACCUGGUGUCGUCCUCCCACAACACUUACCUGCUAGAAGACCAGCUUACGGGGCCCAGCAGCACAGAAGCCUACAUCCGGGCGCUGUGCAAAGGUUGUCGCUGCCUAGAGCUGGAUUGCUGGGAUGGGCCCAACCUGGAGCCUAUCAUCUACCACGGCUACACCUUCACCUCCAAGAUCCUCUUUUGCGACGUGCUUAGGGCCAUCCGGGACUACGCCUUCAAGGCGUCCUCUUACCCAGUCAUCCUGUCCCUGGAGAACCACUGCAGCCUGGAGCAGCAGCGCGUGAUGGCGCGACACCUGCGCGCCCUCCUGGGCCCCAUGUUAGAUCGGCCAUUGGAUGGGGUCACCACCAGCCUGCCUUCUCCUGAGCAACUGAAGGGGAAGAUCUUGCUGAAGGGGAAGAAGCUUGGGGGGCUUUUUCCUCCAGGAGGGGAAGGCAGCCCAGAGGCCACUGUGGUGUCAGAUGAGGAUGAGGCCGCAGAGAUGGAGGAUGAGGCAGUGAGAAGCCGAGUGCAGCACAAGCCCACGGAGGACAAGCUCAGGCUAGUGAAGGAGCUCUCCGAUAUGGUCAUUUACUGCAAGAGUGUCCACUUUCGGGGCUUCCCCAGCCCUGGCACCCCCGGGCAGGCUUUCUAUGAGAUGGCAUCCUUCUCUGAGAACCGCGCCCUCCGACUGCUCCAAGAGUCAGGAAACAGCUUUGUCCGCCACAACGUGAAUCACAGCAGGAUCUACCCUGCUGGCUGGAGAACGGACUCCUCCAACUAUAACCCCGUGGAGAUGUGGAACUCUGGCUGCCAGAUUGUGGCCCUGAACUUCCAGACACCUGGGCCAGAGAUGGACGUGUACCAGGGCCGCUUCCAGGACAACGGGGCCUGUGGGUAUGUGCUGAAGCCUGCCUUCCUGCGAGACCCCAACUCUGCCUUCAACUCCCGUGCCCUGGCUCAGGGGCCCUGGUGGGCUCGGAAGCGGCUCAGUGUCAGGGUCAUCUCAGGGCAGCAGCUGCCAAAAGUCAACAAGAAUAAGAAUUCAAUUGUGGACCCCAAGGUGACAGUAGAGAUCCACGGUGUGGGCCGUGAUGUGGCCAGUCGCCAGACCGCUGUGGUCACCAAUAACGGUUUCAACCCUUGGUGGGACACGGAGUUUGAGUUUGAGGUGGUUGUGCCUGAGCUGGCCCUCGUGCGCUUCGUGGUGGAGGAUUAUGACGCCUCUUCCAAGAACGACUUCAUUGGCCAGAGCACCAUCCCCUUGAGCAGCCUCAAGCAGGGAUACCGCCACGUCCACCUCCUGUCCAAGAAUGGAGACCAGUACCCGUCUGCCACCCUCUUUGUGAAGGUGGCCCUCUGGGACUAGGCCUGGAGAGUCUCCGGGGGGCUGCCCCGCGCGGAAUGGGCCCACUGUCCACAUCUAGGGGGCAGGACAGGGGCUGCUCUCAACCUCUCGCUCAGAGCUGGCGACCCCGCACUGCCUUCAGCUCCAACCUGUUUUCUGUGCUGCUGCCUCUCGGAACCCAGGAGCUGGCCCCAUGCCUGGAGCUGUCCCCAGUUCCAUCAGGAAUGACACUGCAGCCCUCUCCACCCUCACUGGCCCUAGGUUGAGGGAUUUUAUAAAAAUCCUAAGAAUAAG